CAUUAUAUCGUUUUGUUACAUCUACUGUUUAUCAUCUUUCAUUUUCAUGAUUUGCAAAUGCCUUCAAAAAAUUAAAAAAACAUGUCACCAUUAAAUUUAUGACCCCAUGUCGAUCCCCAUAAAAUUUUAAGUUCAUUUUAAGGCUUAAAUUAUAAUUUACAUGCUAGAACUUAUGUUAUAAUAGUUAUAAUGAUUGCUAUAGUCACAGUUUUUAGUUUAAUUUUUACAGUUGAUUGAUUCAAUAUUUAUGUAGCUCUUAGUUUGAUUGUCCAUCCAUUGAGUGAACUGAGCCUAAUUGAAUGGGAAUCAUUUACUUUGAACUGUACAGUGAAAGGAUCAGUUGAUAUCAUUAGCAUCCAGUGGUAUAGAUCUAACGGAUCAGCACUGCCUGAUGGACACAUCAUUCACACCAAAGUAACUUAUCAUAUAAUGUUAACAUCAGUGUUAAUAGUACCCAAUGCUCGUGUAUCAGAUAGUGGAUUGUAUUAUUGUGUUGCAAGAUUUACUGAUGGAACUAAUUCUUCACAAUCAAAUGAAUCUUUUGUAAAUAUUACUGGAGGCAUACGUAUUAUCUACUUCCCACAAGAGAAUAAUAGUAUCUCCAUCAUCAUAUCAUCACUACUUCUCUUCAUUUCAUCUCCUUCAUUUCGUAUACAGUGUAAAGGUUCAGGUGAUAUAACAUGGAUCAAUCCAAAUGGUGAACCAGUGACCUUUAAUAAUACCAGUACCCCUCAUCAGUCUUCGAAUGGUAUCUUAAAUUUCACUCAAAGUCCAACUAAUGGAGAGCUAUAUACCUGUCUAUCAGACACUGGAGCUAGUGACAGUGUGUUUGUGACCAUUGAUAAUCCAGCUAUUUAUACAUCAAAUUCUUCAAUACUAAUAAAAAGUUCUACUAUUAUCAUGACUGCUACCAUUAGGGUCUAUGUUGAUGGUUUAGACCCUCCACCAACUCCUAACAAUAUAACAUGGCAUCAUAAUGAGCAGCUCAUCCACAAUACAUCAUCUUAUAUGCUAACAUCAAACAACACUGUUCUAGCUAUAACAGGUCAGGGGUCUAGUCUUAUAGGCAGCUAUACAAUACGAGUUAGGACUAUUAAUGGAGACAGCAGUGUAACUGUUAAUGUCACUUACCCAGAUGCACCAACUAUUACAAUUGAUGGUCCUGAUAUUAUCAGAGAAGGUGAUAAUGUUUCUCUUCAUUGCAAUAUCACUAGUUCCUUACCAGUUAACAAUAUAUCAUGGUAUUUCGCUACAAGUUCCAGCACUGAGACUUUACUCCAGCUACAAGAGCCUCUACUAAUGAUUGUGAAUGCUAGACGGGAUUCUUCAGGAUUUUAUAUUUGUUCAGUGACAGAUGAUGUUAGAACUACCAAUCAGUCAAUAGAAAUACACAUACAAUAUAUGGAUACAAUUUCUUCUAUUAUGAGUGAUGCACCAUCUCCUACUGAGGAACUAUCUCAUUCACCAACUAAUACAUCAUCUCUUACUGAGGCACUAUCUUAUGCACCUACUGAUACACCAUCUCUUACCAGCACAACAGUUACUACAGCUAGUACUGCUGUCAUCAUACCAGUAGUAUUAUUGUCAACAUCAACUAUUGUUAUAAUAGUUAUAAUCACAGUGAGUAUCGCUGUAUAUGCUAAGAGGAAAAACAAGAAGAGGGCUUUCUCAUCGGAACACAUCAGUACCAUUCCUAAUGCAGCAUAUGAAGAUAUUAAUAAAUUAAAUAUCAAUAUUAAUCCAGCUUAUGGUGAGACUACAAUACAACAGAAUGAUGUGACUUAUGAAGAAAUACAAAUAUAAGAACUAUAUAUCUUGCUUAAUAUUUUCUUGCUUAAUAUUUUUUGUGAUUUAAGAA